ACACAGCAGAGAGAAAGAAGAUAGGGAAGAAGAAAGACUGAGAAAAAGAAGAAUGAACAGAGAGGAAGACAAGACAAGUGCAGCCAAAACACGGGACACAAUCUAAGGAGGAGAGGAUGCUGCUGCAGCUGAGCAUCUCUGCCUGACUUCUGAGGAGUUUGGUCUCAGACAUGACAAAGAUGCUGCAUCCAAGUGUCUGAGGCUGAGCAUCCCCAGUUUGUGUGUGCGAGAGACAGUGUGUGUGUUAAUGUGUGUGAAGCCAUGGCGAGUGCUCAGCCGGGGGUCCAUGCAUUGAAGCUCCAGCCUCCCUCCGUCUCUCAAACACUGAGGAACGGAAGUAACUUCAUUAAAUGGGACGAGGAUCUGUCUACUGUUAGUCCUGUGACUCUGUGUGUGGAUCCACAUGGAUUUUACCUCUACUGGACUGACCAAAACAAGGACACGGAGCUGUUGGACCUGACCCUUGUAAAAGAUGUCAGAACAGGUAGAAGCACCAAAACACCCAAGGAGGCCAAGCUGCGGGAGCUGCUGGAUGUGGGAAACCUGGUUGGUCGACUGGAGAAUCGCAUGGUUACCGUGGUUACAGCUUCAGACCUUGUAAACGUCAACCAGCUCAACUUCAUUGCCUCACAAGAGGACGAAGCCAAGGUGUGGUGCGAGGAACUGUUUUCUCUGUCUUCCAACCUGCUGAGCCACAAUCUCAACAGAGACCACAGCUUACUGAAAGCAUACGUCAGGUUAACUCUCCAGCCAAAUGCAGAGGGGAGAAUCCCUGUGAAGAACAUCGUUCGACUGUUUUCAUCAGACAGAAAGAGAGUGGAGAAUGCCUUGGAGAGCUGCAGACUGCCCUACGGACGGGGUGACAGUAUCAGACUGGAGGACUUUACACUCGAAGUUUACAGGAGCUUUUUGGACAGUCUGUGUCCUCGUCCUGAGCUCAGCAACAUCUUUAAACUGCAAGGAGAGGAUGAUGGGACUUUGUCAGUCAAUCAGAUGACAGAGUUCGUCAACAACAAACAGAGAGACCCGAGGCUCAAUGAAAUCCUCUACCCGCCUCUUCGUCCUGCCCAGACACGCAUACUGAUGGAGAGGUAUCAGCAUGACCAGGCACAGCUGAAGCAAGACGUCAUCUCUCUCCAGGCAUUCUCCACUUAUCUGUCCAGUGAGGAGAACGGAGUCAUCCCACCAGACAAACUGGAUCAGUCUGAAGACAUGAGCUUUCCCCUGUCUCACUACUUCAUCAACUCCUCACACAAUACAUACCUGACAGCGGGCCAGCUGGCAGGGAGCUCCUCAGUAGAGAUGUACAGGCAGGUUCUCCUGGCAGGAUGCCGCUGUGUGGAAUUAGAUGUCUGGAAAGGACGAACUGCUGAGGAGGAACCUGUCAUCACACACGGGUUCACCAUGACAUCGGAAAUCUCCUUUAAGGAAGUGAUUGAAGCCAUUGCAGAAUGCGCCUUCAAGACCUCGCCUUUCCCUGUCAUACUGUCUUUUGAAAACCACGUGGACUCUCUGAAGCAACAGGCUAAAAUGGCUGAAUACUGUCGGUCCAUUUUCGGAGAAGCUCUGUUGAUUGAUCCUUUGGACAAAUACCCUCUGGAGUCGGGUGUCCCCCUGCCCAGUCCUCAGGAGCUGAUGGGAAAAAUUCUCAUCAAGAAUAAGAAAUCUUACAAACCAUCCAACAACACAGACACCAAGAGACUGACAGACCAACCUACCAAUCAGAGCAACGAGCCAGUGUCUCCUAGCAACCACACAGGAGAGAUGGAGGCUGAGAGUGAGGAAGAUGAUGAUGAUGAAGAUGAUGAUGGUAAAAAGGGCUCAGCAGGGCGGGAGGCGGUGGCUACGGAGGAAAUGUCAACUCUGGUAAACUAUGUCCAACCAACCAAGUUCAACUCCUUCGAAGCCUCUAAGAAGGCAGCCCGCUGUUACCACAUGUCAUCUUUUGUGGAGACCAAAGCUUUGGAGCAUCUCACAAAGUCUCCAGUGGAGUUUGUGGAAUAUAAUAAAUACCAGUUGAGUCGUAUCUAUCCGAAAGGAACACGAGUGGACUCAUCAAACUUUAUGCCUCAGCUUUUCUGGAACGCUGGAUGUCAGCUGGUGGCUCUCAACUACCAAACAAUUGAUCUUUCCAUGCAGCUGAACCUCUUUAUGUUUGAAUACAACGGUCGGUGUGGCUAUAGGCUGAAGCCUGAGUUCAUGAGACGGCCAGACAAACUGUUUGACCCCUUCACAGAAAACACAGUGGACGGCAUCAUAGCCAACACCCUCUCUGUGAAGGUGAUUUCUGGUCAAUUCCUGACUGAAAGGAGGGUGGGUGUGUAUGUGGAGGUGGAGAUGUUUGGACUUCCUGCAGACACCAGGAGGAAAGCGCUGAAGACCAAAACCUCUCAGAACAACAACGCCAUCAACCCAGUGUGGGACGAAGAGUCCAUUGUUUUCAAAAAGGUGAUCCUUCCUACUCUGGCCUCUCUGAGAAUCGCUGCUUUUGAGGAAGGAGGGAAGUUUAUUGGUCACCGGAUUAUUCCGGUGUCUGCCAUUAGACCAGGCUAUCGCUACAUCAGCUUGAGGAAUGAGAAAAAUCAGCCUCUGAUUCUACCAACUGUGUUCGUCUACAUUGAAGUCAAAGACUACGUCCCUGACACUUUUGCAGAUGUAAUAGAGGCUCUGUCCAACCCUAUUCGAUAUGUCAACCUCCUGGAGCAGAGGUCUAAGCAGCUGGCGGCUCUGACUCUGGAGGACGGGGAGGAGGACACACAGACUGAGGAUGAAGCCGACUGCUGUGCAGAGCGAAAGAACGAUCUCAAAUCAGCUCCACUGGAGAACGGACUCAGCCCCACAUCCGGCCCCACAGGCCACACCCCCAUCGCUGUGACGCCCAAAGCUUCUGCGGCCAAUCAUCAAGCAGCUACGACAGAUGCCACCAAAACAGCAGCAAAGACUGAAGAUCUGGUUUUAAGUGUUUUAAUAGAUGUCCCAGUGUGCACGAUGGAAAGUCUGCAGCAGUCAAAGGUUUACCAGAAGGAACAGAGACGUCAGUUUAAAGAGCUGAAGGAGUUAAUGAGGAGACACCAAAAGAAAACCUCAGAGCUCCUCCGAGAGUUCAACAACAAGUACAAGAAGAUGUCCAGGCAGUGCAGCAAGAGCAGGGCUUCAUCUACAGACAGUGAGAAGGACGAGCGCCUGCAGCAGCUGAGAGACGAGCAGCAGCAGCAGCUUCUGGCUCUGAGGCAGGAACAGUACUACAGUCAGAAAUAUCUACAGAGAGAGCACAUAAAAAUGCUGACAGAGCGACUGAGCAGCCUGGCUGAGGAGAGCCAUAACGUCCAGAUGAAGAAACUCAAAGACAUCUGUGACAAGGAGAAAAAAGAGCUGAAGAGACAGAUGGAUCGGAGGAGAACAGAGAAGAUCAACCAAGCGAAGACCAAAGAGAAACAUCUGGCUGAGGAGGAGAAGAUUGAGAUCAACAAAUCCUAUGUCAAUGAAGUCGUCCACAACAUAAAACGGCUUGAGGAGACUCAGGCAAAGCGCCAUGAUCAGCUGGUAGAGCAGCACAAUGAGCUCCUACAGGAGAUACAAGAACAGAAACCAAAGCUGCAGGGGGUUGUGGAGGCAGAGUUUCAGGAAAAGUUCCAGCGUUUACCCGGAGAGAUUCGAGACUUCCUGCAGGACAGGAAGACAGAUGUCAGAGGUCACAGCAAGUCCCGACCAUCAACCCCUCAUGAAAUUCUGUCAGAGGAAGACUGAAGAGAAAAAUGUGUAGAACAGAGUGAGAAAAUGAAGAAGCAGAAUCAAUGAAUCAGUGGAAGCAGAGUGGAAUAAAUCAAGUACAAAGGAUCAAAAUACAAGGAAGUAAUAAUGAAGCUAAGUCAAAAAAGAGAUGAUCAUUGAUACAGUAACAGGGCAAUGGGGGAGUAAUUAAGACAAGAUAUCAAGAUUACAAAGACUGUUACUUUGCUUUUUAAUCGAAGAAUGCUUUAAUGAUUUAUUUUUAAUUUCUAUUCAAGCAUGCUUCUUUGCUGUAUUUCAGCAUUUAAUCAGACCCCAUUUAGUCUUGACUUGUCUUAUUUUCUGUCAUCUGUUACUUUGACAGACAACUCAAACCCAACAGUUUGCACUGCAUGACAAACUCUUUCUAUCUGCCUGUCUUCUACCUAUCAGUUUAUUUCUGUUCAUACAUUUGAAGCUCAGUGAACAUACAAACUGUCCCUAUUUUAUAAGUACAUGGAGAGAUGUUGUAUAUUGUCUACACAUUUUUGAACAUUUGAUCUUCUUUUUAGUCAGUAAGCUGAUGUGGUUGUCAUGACAGCUCGGCCUGCAGUAGUCAGAAUACUAGCACACUAACAUCACAGCUGCAUUUACUCUAUUAACACUUAUCACUGUUAGCAAUACUCUCUUUUUCAUUGUUACACACAUUCCCACCUGGAAGGUGCCCAGUACGUCCAGUCUGAGCUGUAGGCCUGUGAGGAUCGAAAUACGUCCCCACCAAAACACUGAGGUCACACAAACCACAUUUCGAGUGCUACUUAGUUUUGAACUCAGCAUUUGAAAGUGCUCAGGCACAGAUUUGUAAGCACAGAGUGAGGGGAGACUUGCAUGAUUUAUUUGUUAAUAUAGUUAUCACCCUGAUAGAUAUUUAUUGUUAUUUUCAUGAUGAUUAAGUAACAACAACAUAAUUUAUAAAUGGUUUCAGAGUGAAAAAGUUUUGUUUUGUUUUGCUUUGUGAAAAUGUAAAAUGGGUGGAGCUUGUCACUCUGUGAUCUUACAGAAAAUUAUCUGUGGGAACAUUUUCCAUGUUUCAUUUUUCUUCUGGACUUACACAACUAAGGCUUAAGCUGCAUUCAACAACUUUUUUUGCAGGGAACCUUUUCUUUCAGUUUAAACCACUCUUGACUGAGUCAAACAGUCUUGGUCAUGGUCUGAACCUGACCUCGUAAACAUAGCAUUCACUGCAGUUUUCAUGGCAAUAUGCUAACUCUUCAUUUUAAUGUUAAAGUACCUCACUGUUCAUAAAUCCAUUAAAACCAUGUGGAUAAGGAUCUGCAACAAAAUGCCUUGUUGAAUGCACCCCUGCUUUAGUGAUUCAACUGAGCAUGCUUUAUUGUCU